CGAAAAAAUCUUAUUUUUAACCAUUUUUUCGUUAAACUGAUCAAAACCCAUUAUCCCAAAAUGCAAAACCUGAAAUGGGUUUUGAAUCUCUUGUUUGUUUCUUCUCUUGUUCAUAAUUUUGUUCACUCAUCAUCACAACAAGUGAUCUGUUCAAGCCAAGACAGAGAAACACUUCUGGGUUUCAAGUCAAGUAUCAUCCAAGACACAACAGGAGUUCUUGAUUCAUGGGUUGGUAAAGAUUGUUGCAAUGGAGAUUGGGAAGGUGUUCAAUGCAAUCCGGCCACCGGAAAAGUCACCGGCUUGGUGUUACAAUCCCCAGUGAACGAGCCUACUCUUUACAUGAAAGGUACAUUAUCACCUUCACUGGGUAAUCUCCGAUCUCUUGAGCUUUUGUUCAUCACUGGAAACAAAUUCAUCGCUGGUUCCAUCCCCAACAGCUUCUCUAAUCUGACCAGUCUUCGUCAGCUCAUACUCGAUGAUAAUUCUCUCCAAGGCAAUGUUCCUUUUGCUUUAGGCCAUCUUCCAUUGUUAGAGACUCUCUCUUUAGCUGGGAAUCGCUUCUCAGGUCUUGUCCCGGCGAGUUUUGGAAGCUUGAGAAGCCUCACUACGAUGAAUUUGGCUCGAAAUUCCUUCUCUGGUCCAAUCCCAGUGACUUUCAAGAACCUCCUCAAACUUGAGAAUCUUGAUCUCAGCUCCAAUUUGUUAUCUGGACCGUUCCCAGAUUUCAUAGGCCAGUUUCAGAAUUUAACCAAUCUUUAUCUCUCCAGCAACAGAUUAUCCGGGGUGUUACCAGUUUCUGUUUACGGCUUAAGGAAGCUUCAGAGCAUGUCGUUGGAGCGUAAUGGUCUGACCGGACCACUCUCGGAUCGAAUCAGCAAUUUGAAGUCACUCACUAGCCUUCAGUUAAGCGGCAACAAGUUCAUCGGUCACAUACCAGCAUCCAUUACACAACUGCAGAAUCUUUGGUCUCUCAACCUCUCGAGAAACCAGUUCUCUGAUCCUCUGCCCGCGGUUGUAGGCAGAGGAUUCCCUUCUCUACUGUCCAUCGAUCUUUCCUAUAACAACCUUAAUCUUGGAGCAAUUCCAAGCUGGAUCAGAGACAAGCAACUCUCAGAUAUCAACUUGGCUGGUUGCAAACUGAGAGGAACCUUUCCGAAGUUAACAAGACCAACCGCCUUGACCUCGCUAGAUUUGUCUGACAACUUUCUCACAGGUGAUGUUUCAGCUUUCCUCACAAGCAUGACCAAUCUUCAGAAAGUGAAGCUCUCGAAGAACCAGCUCAGGUUCGAUCUCUCCAAGCUGAAGUUGCCAGAAGGAGUCGCGUCUAUUGAUCUGAGUUCAAAUCUAGUGACCGGGUCGCUUUCAAGCCUGUUAAACAACAAGACAAGUAGCUUCUUGGAAGAGAUCCAUCUCACCAACAACCAAAUCUCUGGGAGGAUUCCUGAUUUCGGAGAAAGUUUGAACCUAAAAGUUCUCAACAUAGGGAGCAACAAAAUCAGUGGACAAAUCCCAAGUUCAAUAUCAAACCUUGUUGAACUUGUGAGACUAGACAUCUCAAGGAAUCACAUUACAGGAGUCAUACCUCAAACUCUAGGACAGCUUGCGCAGCUCAAAUGGCUCGACGUCUCGAUCAAUGCACUCACAGGAAGAAUUCCGGAUAGCUUAUUGAACAUCAAGACGAUAAAACAUGCGAGUUUCAGAGCCAACAGAUUGUGUGGACUGAUUCCACAAGGAAGACCAUUCAACAUCUUUCCUGCAGCUGCAUAUCUGCAUAACCUUUGCUUGUGUGGUAAGCCAUUACCAGCUUGCAGGAAGACAAUGAAGUGAAGCCAAAACACACGUUCUCAAGUGGCCAGUCCAACGCUGACUUUAUCUUAAUCCUUAUUACUUUUACUCAUUUCUUCAAAAUAGAUGAUAUCUUCUAUU